AUGAUUACUCGAGCAAUUUAUAAUAGAUUAUCUUUAAAUAUAAAGAGUAGUAGAUCAUUUUCAUCAUCAUCAUCAUCAUCAUCAUCAUCAUCAGUUUUCAGAUCUACUUUUCAACAAAGUUCAUUAUGUAAUAGAUAUAAUACUGUAUUAUUUUCAAACUAUCAAAGAAAUAAUAAUUAUAAUAACAUCGGUAAUAUAUAUAACUACUCAACAACAAAAGAUAACAAUGAAACACAACAAGCAGCAGCAGUAAAAGAAGAAAACAAACAACAACAACAACCAACAGAAAAAAUUGAAAAUAAAGAAGAGAAGAUUCAAACUGAUGCUUCUGAAACAACCAAAGAAGAAGUAGAAUCAAAGAUCGAUACAUCAACAUCAACAACAUCAUCACCUGAUAAUAAACAAGAAAAUGAAGAUAAUGCUACUGAGGAGACAACUUUAGAUAAUAAAUAUAUAGCUCUAAUUAGAAAUGUACCAAGUUUAAAAGAUAUUCAAACAAUAGAGAGUGAAGGUGAUUUGAAUAGCGAGGUAUUAAAGAAUUAUAAAACAGAAUCGAAUGAUGCAGCGGAAAUACCAAGAUAUCUUAUACAUGCACUCAUUUUCUCACGUGGUAGAAGCCUACCGAUGCAAUCGUUGACACCAUUUGCAUACAUGUCGAUCAGACCUAGUUUCUCUGUGUUCCUCUACUCUCUAAUGCCAUGGUUAUACAACAAAGAUUUCCCAAAAUGGAUAAACUAUGAUGAUUUCAUUGUUAAUUCAACAGUAUCAGUAUUUAAAAUGUUUGAAAUGGCAUCGAAUAAUGAUAUGAGUGCACUCGAAAGCAUUGCUUCAGGAUCGUUAGGUUUGAACAAUCUUUUGUAUGUACGUGACUUGUUCUAUACUCACAAGCGUAUUGCUUAUCAAGCUAAAUUCAAUGAUUGCAAGAUUGCCUUUAUCAAUACAACAAUUGAAAAAGAUAUCAUUAGAAUCAAUGUACAAUAUCAAAUCUAUUGUCAAUUAGAUGUAAAUAUACCAAAGACAAAUGAUAUAACAUUCCCAAUUAGAAAUCCUGCUGAUGCAGAGACUGUUUCAAAGGAUUGUGAUUAUUUAAUAUCGAUUACAUGGUCAUCUAAAUUACCAGAAUCACAAAAUGAAGAUGAUCUAGAUUGGAAGAUGACAAUCAAUUAA